CUAGUCAGAAGAUUCACCAUGCAUCUUCUCUGCCUAAUCUUCCUCCCCCUCAUCGGGGCCACUCCUGCCAGCUACACCUUCAACCAGCUCUGGUCCCUCACCACCCACUUCUGGGACAAUUUCCUCUACCCAGCCAACACCGCUCACAUCAGCCCCAACGACACCUCCAUCUUCGCUGACAAUGUUCAAGGCCGCGUGGACGUCACACGCACCUUUAGCAACCGCGACCUCAAUAAUGAGUAUAUCUUCGGGCUGUUCUCGCAGCCCACCCACCCGGGAAUCUUUGGCGUCCCCAUUGCCUACAACAUCACCCAAUUUGCGGCCACCCAGGACACCGCGGCCUCCACCACCGUGAUCACCUUCAAUAUCAGCACGUUUGAUCUCAUCAUCCCGGGCGUCAUCACAGCCUGGUUCCAGUUCAACUCUGCCGGCCAAGUAACACAAUACGACGCCGUGUUCCGGUGGCUGGAUUUGCUCUUCACCCAGAUCAUGCAAGCCGCCGGGCGGAAAUUCAACACCUCGGAUCCAACCGAAAUUGAAUCGCGAGUAGCUGAUCUGUUUGCGCGAACAAUCUGUCAGACACACGAAAAGUACUGCAUAGGACAGAAUAGACAAUAUACCUCGGAAGACGCAUGCUAUGUGUUCCUCACGCAGCAAAUCCGAUUCGGCCAGCCGUACGAGAUGGGUCGGAACACGUUGCUGUGUCGCGAGGUGCACGACAACAUGGUCCGAUAUAACCCGGACGUGCACUGCACACAUAUCGGACCGACCGGGGGCGAUUAUUGCGUGGAUGAUCAGACCUACGAGGGCGUCGUGCUGGAACGCUACUUCCGGGCCUCGUGGGUGCCGGAGAACUAUGCGCCGGAGAAUGUGUGGGUG